AUGACGUUUUCGCUGGAGAAAUCAGUUAUUAUGGACUUGUAUUGUAGCUGGGUGGCCGGUCGUAAAGGAUUUCCUCAUGUCAUAUACGCACGGCUGUGGCGAUGGCCAGACCUGCACAAGAACGAGCUGAAACACGUGAAAUACUGCCAGUGUGCCUUUGACCUGAAAUGUGACUCAGUGUGUGUGAACCCGUACCACUACGAGAGGGUCGUGUCUCCCAGCAUCGAUCUGUCUGUUCUGACUCUGGGAGGCCCAGAGGAUCAUGUGACACUGAAGACUGAAAAUUCAGCUUUGCAUCACAGAAGUCCGAGUGUAGAUGUCCUGGUGAAGGAUGAGUUCGAUGCUCAGCCGUCUCAUUCAGCUGCUGAUGGAGGUCACAGUAUUCAAAUCAUCCAGCACACAGCCUCUUCCUCUGCCCCGCCCAAUGCUUUCAACAGCCCCGCCCUCCUGCCACCAGCUGACUCCACAAGCUCCGCCUCCACUUCCGCAUUCACCAGUAUGUCUGCCGGGCCAACCAGUGCCUCCAGCUCAUGGCCCAGAGGAAGCAGUAUUCCUCCCAGCGUCCCUCAUCAGAACGGCCACCUGCAGCACCACCCUCCUCUUCCUCACACGGGCCACUUCUCUCCAGAUUACUGGUGCUCGAUUGCGUACUUUGAGAUGGACAUUCAGGUGGGCGAGACGUAUAAGGUGCCGUCUAACUGUCCCGUCGUAACCGUGGAUGGUUAUGUUGACCCGUCAGGUGGAGAUCGCUUCUGCCUCGGCCAGCUGAGUAACGUACAUCGCACAGAGGCCAUCGAGAUGCUAACACAAAGUGUACAUUUAAGAGUAAUUCAACAUGUCUUCACAGCAUCUGCAUCACUACUGAAUAUCUGUGUUUGGUGUCUGCAGGUGUUUGAUCUGCGUCAGUGUCAUCGGCAGAUGCAGCAGCAGGCGGCGACGGCUCAGGCGGCUGCGGUGGCGGGAAACAUCCCAGGUUCGUUGGGAGGCAUCGCCCCUGCUAUCAGUCUGUCUGCUGCGGCAGGCAUCGGCGUGGACGACCUGCGGCGUCUCUGCAUUCUGCGCAUGAGUUUCGUGAAGGGCUGGGGUCCUGAUUACCCUCGCCAGAGCAUCAAGGAGACCCCGUGCUGGAUAGAAAUUCAUUUGCACCGCGCUCUGCAGCUCUUGGAUGAGGUUCUGCACACCAUGCCUAUAGCUGACCCGCAACCUCUGGACUGAUGCUCGAACAUUGAACCUUUAACCUUAUUACAGUGCACUCAGCUGACCUUUGACCUUAGCCACGAACGUCAGCGGAGUCUUCACUGAUUUGUUUCGCCGUCUGGCAAAACGUUGAAAACCAGCAAUACUACAAAACAACACUAACUCUGAUCUAUCCAACAGGACUGUUCGUCAAAACAGUAAAAUCACCCUUUUUUGAGACCUUGACUACGGAAUUUCAAACAGGAAGUGGUUAAGUGGAGAUGUGUAGAGUCUUCAUAUUGCGUUUAAUCCAAUGUCAGUCAGAUGUGCACAGUGGCCACACACACACUGCAGUGGAAAACAGAUGUCAGAGUUUGAUGUUCUGUGCACAUGAUCAUUCACACAACAAAGCUGAACCUUGUGCAAAUCAUCUGAAAAAAUCAAAUCCAAUAGUUUUAUGACUAAUUUACUAAGAAACGUAUCUUUCGUUGUAGUUAAUAAAACCAUUUUCCUGUAAAUUAUGGCAUUGAAUUGAAAGGUUUUAUGAACUCUGUAGGCAAAAAUUCCAUAUUACGUAAAUUGUUGCAUUCAGUAACGAUUAUGUAAAAAUCUCUGUAAAUAAUUGCAUUAAAUUGAAUGCAGGUAAUUUAGGUAACAAUGGUUUUAUUUACUGCGUACAAUUUACGCAGUCCAGAAAUAGCAAAACCAUUCUUUUUGUAUACUACCGAUUUCUUGAACAGCUAAUCUGAAUGAUCAUGUGACACUGAAGACUGGAGUAAUGAUGCUGAAAAUUCAGUUUUGCAUCACAGGAAUAAAUUACAUU